CUUAAACAGGGCGGAUGUUAUGGACUAUGGUUCACUGGGCUGCACAUUUCUCUGCAGUGCCUCUCUCGAAGAGGCUAUCUCACACGAUUUUCCAAAUCCAUGUAGGAAAGUUUGUGCAUCCUGAUGCAGAAAAAGGACUUGGAUAGUGCUGGAAAAAGCCCAUGGGUCAUCAUUUCUCAACGGGCAUUUGAAUCAUCUGACUGUGACUAACAACAAAUGAAUUGUUGAAAACGAUGGCCUCGUCUUCCCGUGACUCCACAGUGACCAUCAUGCUCCAGAUAUGUGUGAUGUUCUGUUUGCUGUCAGUUGUCUUCUCCCAGUCAACGUAUUCCUCACCCAAGAGAGGUCGCAACAUCACCAUCCACUCCUCCCAGCUGGUCUGCAGUCUGCCAGGACCUGCAGGGCCACCAGGGAACCCCGGAGCCCCUGGAUCACCAGGCGCCAUGGGCCCCAUGGGGUCCCCGGGAAAAGAUGGCCCGGAUGGGAAGGAUGGAGAGAAGGGAUUAAAGGGAGAUAGAGGUGAUCCGGGGAGGCCCGGGAACCCAGGCAAGCCAGGUGUCAAAGGACGUGAAGGUGUUAUCGGCAAGGCUGGACCUCGAGGGUUGAAGGGGCUACGAGGAACACCAGGGGUUGCUGGAAAGCGAGGACUAAAAGGAGAGCUGGGUGGGGUGGGCCAGCAGGGAGCUCCCGGAGGCUGCAACUGUGGCCGUGCAGCCCGAUCUGCCUUCUCUGUGGCGGUGACAAAGAGCUACCCUAAAGAGCGACUGCCCAUCCGCUUCAGCAGGAUCCUGCUGAAUGAGGGGAACCAUUACAACGCCAGCAGUGGGAAGUUUGUCUGCGCUGUCCCCGGGGUGUAUUAUUUCACAUAUGAUAUCACUCUGGCAAAUAAGCACCUGGCCAUCGGCCUGGUCCACAAUGGACAGUACAAAAUCAAGACAUUUGAUGCAAAUACAGGGAACCAUGAUGUGGCAUCUGGUUCUACUGUUCUCCACCUGCUGCAGUCAGACCAGGUCUGGCUGCAGAUCUUCUACUCUGAGCAGAAUGGACUCUUCUUUGACCCUUUCUGGACAGACAGCACCUUCACUGGCUUUCUUAUCUACGCUGACCAGGACUAUCUCAAUGAGGCUGAUAGAAAGGCUAAUGCUCAGGAUGACAGUUAAUACUGAUAUAUGUUUGAUUAUUUUUUAAAUAAUUGGCUUAAAAUCAUGUCAAAAUGUUGUGAAAUCCACUUUUGAAGCGGUUGCUCUGUGACAGUAGGGUUAAAGUUCUGACACCAGGGGGCACAAGUAAACCACAGUUAGGAACCCACUUUAGUGAUUUAAUGUUUAAAGGUCAUGUGUUUUGGUUGCAAUAUCCUUGCUGAUUCUGACAAAAUCCUUUUAGUAUCUCCAAAAAAGUAACAGAAUUAUUUUUAUUUCUGUGGUUCUUUCAUAUUUAUAAUACAAGAGCUGCAAGGUUUAAAACAGGUUUAAAACAAACAGCAUUCGUUUCAGUAGGACAUGGCACAAAGCUGUCUUCUAUAAUGUUGAUUUUUUUUAAAUACACAAAGAUUGAGAUGUUCCUACGCACACAAGAUGAUGUGUGUGUGACAUUAUCCCUAAAUUCAGUAAAUCCAAAAAAAUGUCUGUUUGACUAGUAAACAUAAUUUUUUUUACUGUAUGUAUAUUUGAUACUGUAAUUUCUACAUUCACAUUUUUUUUAAACAUACAGUGAUGCAUUAAAAUUUUGGCUUGACACAACUAAAAUAGCUAACAUGUUUUUAGCAUACAUUACUGCAACAUGCCCAAAGUGGGGUCUGUGUACCAUCAGGUGAGACAGUUCCCUGAAUAAACAGAAAUAUAAGAAAUAGUUUAGUUUCACCAUUUUUUAUUAUGCUGAAUUUAAGAGAAUGAGAGGCCUGGAUGGGAAGCAUGGAGAGAGGAGGCAAAGAAAGAAGUGACAUACCUGUGUGUACUUUAUAUCUUGUAUUGUCCUGUUUCUGUAACCUGAUUUAUUUCAUCAUUUAGAUACUUUCCACAUCACACUUAAGUGUAAGUUGUAACUACUGGACCACAAUUGUCUUCCAAACUAGUUGAUGUCAGAAGAUCAUACUCAGAUAUACACAUCUUAAUCACAAACUUAAGGUGAGCACAGAGGAACAUUCUCCCUUCAGCCGAUAAAUGCAAAAACAGUCUUGUAGAGUCAAACUCUACAUCAUCCUGCAUGAUGACGGUCAAACAUCUAAGUGAAGUAACAAUAACCAAAAGGCAUUUUUGACUGAAGGGGGACUUUAAAUUAGCCAUCUCAUUAGAUAGAUAAAAUUGCUCAUCUCAGGGGUUAUCAAUGAUGGAUAUGAAAUCAUUGUAUGACAUUGCAUGAUAAAAAGUAAUUGAA